AUGUUCUAUGUAAACAAAGUAGAACAACUUGAAAAUGAACUUAAACUACAUAAAGAAGGUCGUUAUACAAAUCUAAAUAAUUCUCAUGAUGGUACAGAUACAAUCAAUGUAAUUAAUGAAGAAAAUCGACGUUUAAAAGCAGAAAAUAAUGUUUUACAAAAGAAACUAUCAGAAUUAUCAGCGAAAACUGUGGAAUCAAUAUCUACAGCAAGUUCCAGCAAUGAAUCAUUCCAAAAAGAAGAUGUAGAAGUCGAAUGUGAUGAUAAUCGCGAAGGUGGUCUAGUGCAUAUUGUUACAACCAAAACAACAAAUGGUGAAGCAAAAUUAUUCGAUAAUAAUAGUAUUCGUUUUGAAACUGAACAAGAAGAAAAACGUCUUCUUCGAGAACAAUAUCGUCAAUUAGAAAUAUCAUCGAAUGAAACUAAUGCAAAACUUUCUAAACAAAUUGAAAUUUUAGAAGAAAAACUUGAUGAAAAACAAAAAUCAUUUUUACAAUCACAAUACGAUUCCGAAAAACGUAUUCAAGAAAUUAUUACUGAGAAUAAUAGUAUGAAACAAACACAUGAAGUACAAAUUGAUGUCUUAAAAUCAGAUAUAAAACGAUUACAAGAUGAAAUUCAAACAAGUCAAAAAGCUAAAGAUGAUGAAAUAAGUAAAUAUCAAAAACGUUUAAAUGAAUUACAAAUAACUGUUGAUCAAUUAGAAUCACAGAUUGGCACAGUUGCUGCUGAACAAAAUCAGCAAUUACGCACUACUAAUGCUGAACACCAACGAAUUCUUGAAGAUAAAGAAUUGCUACUUAGUCAAACACUUGUUGAUCGUGAUUUAUUACGCACUGAAACUGAGCAAUCGAAAGAAGCUUAUGAAACAUUAUUACAAACUGUUCAAAUACUUGAACAACAAGUAACAACAAAAACACGUGAAUGUGAAUCUCAACAACGAAUGGCUGAACAACGUAAAACUAUGAUUGAUGAAAUGGCUGCUAAUCAUUUACAAAUCGAAGAAAAAUCAAAAUUAGCUUUACAAAGUCAAAAAGAUAAAUAUCAAUCAGAAGUUGAAAAAUUCGAAAAAGAAAUUAAUGAUUUAAAGAUCAAAGAUCGAACAUUAAAACAAUUACAAUAUCGUUGUACAGAAUUAGAAAAUCGUCUUAAAUCUGAAGAAGAACUUAAACAAGUUCUAACAUUACGUGUAGAAGAAUUACAAACUGAAAUCUAUGAACUUAAAAAUAGUUUAGAAACUCAAUUAAAUGAACAACAAAUACAAAACGAACAACAAUUAAUUAAUGAAAGACAUGAACAUCAAGAACAUAUUCAAGUAGAAAUUAUUUUUUUU